AUGGACAACAAAACUACCAACUCCAUUAGUAACGGCAGCAUCUUCUCGCAAAGAUCCAAACAUUUCGACAUUAAGUAUCACUACCUAAGAGAGAAAAUUGCGUUGGGACUUAUCACCACGAAGCUGGUGCCCACAACACUGCAGCUCGCCGACCCGUUUGCCAAGGCACUGGCGAAAGAGACCUUCACCAAAUUGGUCGAACAGUUUAUGAGCGAGACUGGUAAGAAGAAGGACUGA